GGAGACGAUGCGCUCGAGCUGCACUUGAAAGGUAGCUGAAGUCGUAAGCUGUUGUCGCUUCCUGAACAAGUCUUUUGGCUACCAAGUUAUCAUGUUUCGCUGUGCGUUUUUGAUUUUUUUCCUGGCUCUUGGAAAUGAACUCCAUCUAUCACAUGGGACUGAAGUGUCAGUCAACAACACGGAGAACAAAUUAUGCCUCUAUGCCAAUUUGAUGGUCAACUUCUCAGUCACAUAUGAAGUUGGUGUAAAUAAGAAUGAAACUGUUCUUUUUGUACUGCCUGAAAAUGUGACAACCGAAGGGAGCACCUGUGAUAACACAACAUCGACAUUGAAACUCAGUUUUGGAUACGGGCACAGUUGGACAGUGGAAUUCGCUAUAAAGAACAAAACCUACCAAGUAGAUACCAUUGUCUUCUCCUACAAUCUCAAUGACUCAAGCGUCUUCCCCAACUCUACAUCAAACGAAACCAUGUCUGUGACAGGAAAGUCAGUUAUCACCAACGUGAGUGUGGACACCUACUACUCCUGCAAGAGUGAAGAUGUCCUGACAAUAGAGUCUGUUAUUCAGACACUGUAUGAUGUUGCUCUACAGGCGUUUGUGAUUAACGGCAGCAAAAGUGACAAAGACACCGUAUGCUCCGCUGACAUGACCUCCACCACUGUGGCGCCCACCACUGUGGCGCCCACCACGACCGUUACCACCACAGCUGCCCCCACUUCUACCCCUACACUGCCCACGCCCACUACUGGAAAGUACAGCAUCACACCUGACGUCAACAGCACAGCCUGCCUGAUAGCCACCUUUGGCCUACGGAUCGGCUACAAGCAAGGAGACAAAGAGGAGACCAUCAACCUGGUGCCCAAUAUGACUGAAGUGGGCGGAGCCUGUAGGGCCAACAGCAGCGAUCUCAAAUUGACAUCGGAUACAAUCAACAUCACGUUCACGUUCAGCAAUGACGGCAAGAAGUUCCACCUGCACGCUCUGAACGUCACAGUGAUACCAGCCACGGGGGCCACCGUCGUUGCAGCCAAUACCAACAUGUCCAUUUGGGCGGCGGCAGUAGGCAGCUCCUACAUGUGCAACAAGGAGCAGACCUUAAAUGUCACCGACACGCUCACUCUCUACACGUUCGAGCUCCGCGUCCAGCCCUUCGAAGUCAACAAAGGCGAAUUCGCUACAGCCCAUGAAUGUUCACUGGAUGACACCAGCAUCUUAAUCCCAAUCAUUGUUGGUGCCGCCCUGGCCGGCUUGAUUCUCAUUGUAGUGAUUGCUUACGUGAUUGGUCGUAGGAAGACCUAUGUGGGAUAUCAGACCCUCUAAAAAGCAAUCUGUGAUCAUGAAUCUGUGAUAAUUAAUCAAGAACAUAGGUUGAUCCUUGUGUGGGGUGGCGGUCCCAAAGCCUGGCCCUGGAUGGCUAUCUCAGUGCAGUCUUUCAAUUGACGACUGACUUGUACAACUGGAAUAGUCAGACUAUCACCUCCUUACUUCAGCCACUCUUAAGAGCUGCUCUUAGACUUGAGCUUAGUCUAGCUUUGCUUAGGUGUAGACUUGAGCUUAGUCUAGCUUUGCUUAGGUGUAGACUUGAGCUUAGUCUAGCUUUGCUUAGGUGUAGACUUGAGCUUAGUCUAGCUUUGCUUAGGUGUAGACUUGAGUAGCUUUAUUCAGGUAAACCUGAAGAUUCAAAAUGCUCUCCAGGACCAGGUUCGACUAUCAUACUGUUGUUUGUGAUUUCUGUUUUGUUUGAUUUGCUUAAUAUUUUCAUUUUUUUUCUCCAUUGUAAAGGAGCAAGUGCAGGAUUAUUUGCCCUCUGUGUUAGCCAGUGCAAACCCUUUGGAACCAGUGAAGGCCUUUAUUUAUGGAAAAUUCUCAAAGUGAUUGCAUCUGACAUGCCUUGUAUUACUUGCCGGAGGAUUCUCAUUCAGGAUAGGGGCGCUUUUUAUGAAGUAGCACAUUUCAUAGAAACACCAGUUUAAAGUCCUUGUGCUACAGUUUGCACAUUUACACGAGGAGCUGUGACAAUUGGGGGCUGUGCCCUUUUCACUAUGAUUCAUGCACUUGCUCCCUACCUCCCUUUGGGAUUCCUUUUUUGUUUCUUUAUGUUCUUAUUGAAUUUGUGUACAUUUUAGUUCAGCCUUUUGUGUUUUUUUUCAUCCUCACAAUUCAUCGUAGCAGCGCAACAUUUUGACUGACUUGAACAUUUCACAUUUGCCUCGCUGCUCAAUGAGACAUCAUUGAGUAGCUUUGUUGAUUUGGCUCAGGAACUCUACCAACUAACCAGGAUCAAGGUCUGCUGCUUUGUGCUCUUUCAGCUCGUUACUGAUCAUCCACUAGUCAGUCAGUAGUUUGAAUUUGGAAAUGGGACUUUUUGACUGUGGCCGCAACUCGGGGAAAAAGAAAAGGUGGUAUUACUGGCAUAUAGUUCCGUCUAAGUUGAUUUGACAAAACGAGGCAUCUGUCGUUUAUAUCCACGCACAGCAGUACUUGACAUAUGGUUGCCACCAAUGUCAGUCUGUCUUUGACUGACUGGCUCACAUUGUGUAGUGUGAAAUCUACCAAGUGUUUAAUUAACUUUGAAAAGUCCAUGCCUAGUUUAAGGAUGUAAAAGACAAACCUGAAAAGAAAGGUAACACAAGACCCCUCCUGUCAUUACAUGUUGGCAUUAGUUUAAAAAAAAAAGGGAUAGCUGGUUAUUUGCUGUCAUUCAAACCUAUUUUUCGCAGAUGGUGAUUAUUUUUCCUUUUUUCUUCAUUUAAAUGCACUAAAUUGUAAGUAAGUUUGGCAUAAAUUGAAAAUGUGUGCUGCAAUGUUACACCUGUGUAUAUUAUAGCCGUUGCUGCGGUGUUGCUCCUGAAAGCUGCCAGUUAGUAAGGGGGAACUUGUGAACAGGGCUGGGAUCUAUUCCAUUUCAAUUAAGCCAAUUAAGAAAUUCUAAUUCCAAUUUGCCUCGCAGCUUUUUCAUGAGGAAAAUUGGAAUUAUAAUUUCAGCUUAAUUCCUAAAUUGACUUAAAUGGAAUUGACUCUAGCCCUGCCCAGUUGACUGCUUAUAAGUUGCACCAAUCGAUAGAAUAGGAGAAAGGAUGAUUGUCCACAAUCAGUGCAGCACAAUGCAGUACAUGUGUAUAUUGUUGUACUGUUAGAAGGACAGGUGAAAAUGUGUAGUUGCUGUGUAUUAUCGCUUUGUCGUAGUGAGGUGGUCUGCAUGAGACAUGGAGAAAUUUGAUUGCCGCCUUUAAUUUCCAUUGAUCAAUCAGUCAACCCCAAAACAUUUUUUAAGAUGCUGUAUAUGUGAAUGAUUUGCUUUUUUUUCCUUUUCAAAUAUAUUCUUAUUGAUUAUUGCUUUACAUUCCAGUGUGUUGUCUUGGACUGCGUCUUGGACUGCUUUUGUACAAAUUCUGUUUGUUACUUUGGUUUUAAAAUUGUAUUUUUUUAUUGACCGUGUAUACAAUCAAUUCUAAAACACAAUUUUGAAAACAUUUACUAUACCCAAUUUUUCAUUCACUUGACAUGAUCAAAUGUUAUGUUUGACAAUUUUGUGCCUUGCUCACAGAAGCAUCUCCAUUUUGAGAUUCAAUCAGGUUUGAUUACAUUAAUGAAUAGGAUUAUUUGGCUCCUUUUUUUUCAGCAUGUUAAGAAAUGGGGAAAUCCCAAUCCCAUUCUUCAAAUUAAGAUACACUGAACACCUUCCUAAUAUUUUUUUACCUUAGAACAGCCUCAAUUCGUCAGGGCAUGGACUGACUCAACAAGGUGUCGAAAGCAUUCAACAGGGAUGCUGGCCCAUGUUGCCUCCAAUGCGUCCCACAGUUGUGUCAAGUUGGCUGGAUGUCCUUUGGGUGGUGGACCGUUCUUGAUACACACGGGAAACUGUUUGUUAAAAACCCAGCAGUGUUGCAGUUCUUGACACAAUCCGGUGCGCCUGGCACCUACUACCAUACCCUGUUCAAAGGCACUUAAAUAUUUCGUCAUUCCCAUUCACCCUCUGAAUGGCACACAUACACAAUCGAUGUCUCAAGGCUUAAAUACUUAUUUAACCUGUCUCAUUUCAUCUACACUGAUUGAUUGAGGUGGAUUUAACAAGUGACAUCAAUAAGGAUCAUACUUUUAAUCUGAAUUCACCUGGUCAGUCUGUCAUGGAAAAGCAAGAUGUUCAUAAUGUUUUAACUCAGUAGUACAUUAUCUUUUCUUCUGUGUGGCGCUGAACAAUGUUCAUUUUUGAAUUCCUUUUCAAUAUGCUUUUAGCUGCAAUAAAUGGGAAUGGAAGUUGUGCAUAAA